GCAUACCUGGCCCGCCAGUCCCGGGGGGGCACCUACUGGAUCGGGCUGUCGGCCACGGGCCCGGGGGGCUCCUGGCGCUGGGUGGACGGGACCCCCUACUCCCCCUCCAACAGCUUCUGGGCCGUGGGGCAGCCGGACGGCACCGACCACGGGCAGUGGGGGGGCGAGGACUGUGCCCAGAUCCACCCGGUGGGCAACGGGCUCUGGAACGACCACAACUGCAACUUCAGCUUCCCCUGGAUCUGCGAGAGGGACCUGCGGGCACCCUGAGCCCGAGGGCGGCUGGGGGGGCAUGGCCGGACACACCCCCCGUGUCUGAGCGGGGUGAGAUGGGGGGCUCAGCACCCCCCACCCCGGGGGGGAACCCCUCCAUCCAGGGGGGGAACCUUCCCAUCCAGGGGGGUGAUCCCCUCCAUCCAGGG